GCUCAUCCAAAGGAGUUGAAAGAGAGUUGCCAAACAUGCUGGUGAGCACGGGGCCUGGCCACCGUUCGGACAACUGCGUCACACAUUGAGUGAAUGCCAAGCAUAUCCCAAAAAAGUUUAAGCAGUCUUAGCUCUGUGGUUCGCCCUUCAAGCGAGGCGGUCAAUAGCCAUAAAUCCGUAACCUUCGGUUCCAGAUUCGAGCACUUGGAAAUUUCUGCUGCUUACUUUUUGAAUUCCAUAGCGACGGCUCAUGAAAGAUUUUAUCGAGUCGAGCGUGUCUAGGUAAAUGAUACAGGACGUCGCUGUCAGAAAACUUACCGCAUGGUGCAAACGUGUGCACGAUGCGGCGAUUUUAUCCUUAGUUGUUGGG